CAUGUCAAGACUCAAACACUAAUACAUGCACUUUCACACCUUGAUAGAUAUCAUUUUUCAUACAUGUCUAACUUAAUAAUUCAAUAUUUACACCAAUGUCAGGUAACCAAUAAUCUCUCAUCCAUCAAGAAACUCCAUGCUCACCUACUCACUAAAGGCACUCUCUUCAUUCUCCAUGAUCUUCACACCCAACUCAUUUCCACAUACACUUCAUUCUUUCCAAGCAACAAUCUUCAAACACUUACCAAUAGUUUCUUCAAAUGCAUGAAUUCCACCAACCCAUUACAUUUCAAUGUCAUCAUAUCUCAUUUCUGUCGUAAAGGUUUCCCCUUUCUUGCUCUCACCACCUUUUCCUUUAUGCACACCAAUCACGUUCCUUUGGAUACAUACGCUUUGUGUAGCACUUUGACCGCUUCAUCUAAAUUCAAAGACGUCAAUUUUGGGAAACAGAUACAUGCCCACGUUGAAAAAUCAGGUUGGUCUUCUAGUGUCUUUGUGGGUAGUGCUCUCAUUGAUUUUUACUCUAAAUUGUUGAAUGUUAAAGAUGCAGCUCUUGUGUUUGAUGAAAUUCCUGACAGGAAUACUGUUUGUGCCAAUGCACUUUUAUCUGGUUAUUGUGAGUUUGGGUUAUGGGUUAAGGCAUUUGAACUAAUUAGGAAGAUGCCUUUAUUGAAAUUGAAAUAUGAUCACUUUACAUUAUCAGCUGCUUUACGUGCGUGCACCGGGUUAUCUUCUGUUGAAAUGGGUAGACAACUGCAUAGUUAUUUGCUACGUACUAUGGCUGAUAUAGAGAGUGAUGUGUUUCUGCAGAGCACGUUGAUUGAGAUGUAUGGCAAGUGUGGAAUGGUAGAGAAGGCUCAGCUCGUUUUCAAGUUGGAUGGAAUGGAUAUCAGAAAAGAAAGAAGUAGAGACGUUGUAUUUUGGACUUCGAUGCUCGGUGUGUAUGGUAAAAAUGGGCAUUAUAAGGAAGUAAUUGAUUUGUACAGUGAAAUGUUGCGGGAAGGAAUCAAACCUGAUGGAAUUUCAUUUCUGACAAUAAUCUCAGCUUGUGGUCACACUGGACAAGUAGAUGCUGGUGUGAAGUAUUUUGAAUCUAUGACUAAUGAUUUCAAGUUGGAUCCUGGUCCAGAGCAUUAUAGCUGCUUGGUUGAUUUACUUUGUAGGGCUGGAGAAUUAAACAAGGCAUGGGAAUUACUUAAUGAGACAUGUCAUCAUAAGGGAAUUGGGAAUUGCAGUGUCUCAAUGUGGGGAGCGCUACUCAGUGCCUGUGUGGACAGUGGGAAUAUUGAGCUGGGAAAAUUGGCAGCUCAGAGGGCUCUUGAGUUAGAUCCUCAAAAUGCUGGAAUCUGUGUUAUGCUAUCAAAUGUAUAUGCCCGGCUUGGUAUGUGGGAUGAGAUUGGACGUUUGAGAGUAUUGAUCAAUCAAAGAGGGUUAAGAAAAGAUGUUGGAUGCAGUUGGGUUCAGGUGACAAGUUGAAUGAGUAGGAAAUGGUUUGAAGUGGUGUUGUGGCCUUUAAAAUAUUCCUAAUAUGUCUCUACUGCUAAUCCUAAAUACGCCUACCAUUACAACUUAAAAGUCUGAACAAACGAGGACUGGUCAACUAGUCAACUAGCUUGAGGUUAAAAAAUGAUAUUUGGUUAGAUUUUAGAAUGGAUUUCGUACUGAAGCGGCGUAGCAUAUUCUUCGUCGGAGAAUGCUAAAUAUUACAAAAUUACAAGCAUUAAUUUUAGUAUAAAAAUUCAAUCUUGUAUGUGGAGGGAACCCCAUGACCAAAGUCUUCAUUGAUCCCAUGACUGGUCUUGUCGCUGUUCGUCGGCAUGGAUAUUCAACAAGUCAAGCUUGUUUAUAAUCAGAAACUGAGAACAUCACAGCCUCCAUAGGAUACAACUAUGCAGGUCAUAAUAUAUCUAAGGUCGCAAUUAAAAAUGGAGUCCAUGUUAUUGGUGCCAUAGAGAGGACCAACAUAGAAGAGAGAUGCCAGUGAGCUUGGUUCCCACCACCAACAUGUCCUUAGUCCUUACACACACACAACCCAAAACACCCGUGGGCUCUCCUUUGCAAUUUCUUGUCCCCACAAUCCACAUGAACAACUGAAACCCUCUUUCCCUCUCUCUCUCUUCAUUGCUUCUUCAUAAAUAAAUACCAACCGUCACACCCAUUAUAACUUCCACCAUCCUCAGUCCUCACCACUAUAAUAGUACUAGGUCUCUAAUUGUUCACUAAGUUAGUUAGUUAUAUCCAUUUCAAACCCCUCUCUCUCUCUCUCUCU